AGAGAAGGCACAGGACGGAAACUCAUGAUGAAUUGUUAGGGCACGUUGAGUUGGUUCUGUCAGUGCCUGCAGUCAGAUGAUUUCACUGGCCGUACGGGAUGAAAUCUCAUAUUUCAAUGUAUAAGUAAAAGUGUCAAAGUUCAGCUGAAGCAGGGACGAUUACAGAGCAUAUUUUGUGUGUAUUUGUAACUAGGGCUGCAGAGCAAUAGAGGAAGCAAAAAUGAGCCGGAAAAACAAGGGGAGUUUGAAGGAGAGAUUUGCCUUGAAGAACAGCUUUGCUAAAGAAGCCCUCUCAGAAUUCCUGGGAACUUUUAUAAUGAUAGCACUUGGAUGUGGGUGCGUGGGGCAGGCUGUCCUCAGCCGAGGUGCCCAUGGUGGGCCCAUGACAGUGUCUGUUGGAUUUGCGGUGGCAGUCGCCAUGGCAGUGUAUGUGUCUGGGGGCGUUUCCGGUGGUCACAUAAACCCAGCAGUUUCAUUAGCCAUGUGCGUGACUGGAAGAUUAAAAUGGACCAAAUUACCAAUUUACAUAUUAGCACAAUUCCUGGGAGCAUUUGUUGGAGCAGCGGCUGUCUUUGGGAUUUAUUAUGAUGCUUUCAUGGAUUAUAGCAAUGGGAAACUUGAAGUCACAGGACCUAAUGCAACGGCACAUAUCUUUGCAACAUACCCCGCUCCAUAUCUAACCCUCAUAAAUGGAUUUGCAGAUCAGGUGAUGUCAACAGCUGUUCUUCUUCUGGCUAUAUUUGCUAUAUUUGACACGAAAAAUAAAGCAGUACCAAAGGGCCUGGAGCCAAUUGCAGUAGGCCUCCUGAUCAUCGUACUUACGUGCUCCUUGGGAAUGAACAGUGGCUGCGCCAUGAACCCAGCCAGGGACCUAGGYCCUAGGCUCUUCACAGCUGUGGCAGGAUGGGGAAUGGAAGUAUUCACGGCUGGAAAUAAUUGGUGGUGGGUCCCGACAGUGGCACCUAUGCUGGGGGGAGUACUUGGAGCUGUUACCUACAUAGUUUUUAUUGAAAUUCAUCAUGCAGAUACUGAGCCAGGAGAAGAAAACGACUUACGUGAUAAAUAUGAACUUACUAAUAUGGAUUAGAAAAGUGAACAACUUGGUUCUUUCAUACUAUUUUUAGUCAAAUGAUUGUUUGGACCAUUUUAUAAAAUAUGUAUCUCUCAAUUAGAAAUAUACCUUUCAUAGCAGCAAAUUUAUAUAGGAAACAAGUUAAAAACUAACCUCUUUCAUGAAACAACAGCCUGACCACAUUCAAAACUGGAAUUAAGUUACUAUUCUCGGGUGAAUAAAUUGUUCUAUCACAUCAGGUUGUCACCUGGAUGAAACUGCAGUGAGAUGGUAUGCUGACCCGUCGUUCAACACAGAUAAUUAGGCAACAUGAUUUAGACUAACUCAAAAUGGAUGAGAUAAUGUUAUCUAACUGCAUACAUAGGUAGUUAAUUAGUUCACUGCUGAAUUAAAGUAUGAGAGAUCUUUUACUUGUUAUAACCAUUAUUUUUAAAUGCUCAUGCUUAAAAAAGGCCUGAAUUGCCGAGAUGUCAAUGGAAGUAGCUUUAAUUAUCUUCCUAGCUAUUUAUCUAGCCAGUGACUGAGCAGUGAGGAGAUAACUCGCCAGUGAUGAGAUUUAGUCACUCAGAAUAUGAUCGCAAAAGGUAAACUCUGUUAUGAGAUCAACAAUAAGUAGUACUUCCCUUGUUCUUCAGAGCAAUGAUGUUCAAUUAUUUUUAAACUGUUUACUUGACCUUUAUGUAACCUAAUAUYAAAACCCUAACCCAGAAUAUUAACCCAAACCUCUCCUGCUGUGCUUUCUGAAUAAAAUUCAUUCCUGUGGAGAUGGGCCAGCACUAGAGGCUUAUGCUGUGCCGAGGUCAGCAAAAGGCCUGUGGCUGUAUAAGCUUUUAAGAGGCCGUGUACUGCUGAUCUACACAAGGGAGAAUUUCAUCUGCUCUGUGGGAACAAUUUUUAUUUUGGUAGCACUAAUUAAAAUUAGAAGCAGGUCUCARACCUAGGUCCAGAUCUGAAUUCCCUGAGGAAUACCAGCUCCACAUCAGAGUCUGAAGCAGGGCUUCUCUGGCACUAAGCAGAAGUGGCUGGAUAUAUGCCACUUCCUCAACGUCUACAUGASGCUAUUCCAGGAUUAUAGGCAAAUUUCAACUUUAAAAAGUGAAAUUACUUUUGGCUAAUCACUGUAUAUUGAAUGUAUGCAGUUAAUUAAUUUUUUAUACAUAUGCAUACAUAUAUUGUUGGUGACAAUCAUAAAUAAAUAGACAUUAUAUUCAGUAAUACUCUCAAGCUAUUUUCAUGGCAAAACCUCACGGCAUCAGUUCAGUGGACUCAUUGCAGGGUCUCCCUCUGGAUUUCUGCAGUCCUGCUCCCUUGAAUUCCAUACUGUUUUCUAAUGCUCUCCUGAAGGGAGGAAACUCUUUCCUUGGCCAGUCAAGGCCUGUGCACUUCAGUGAGGUCUUGACCUCAUCAUCAGAAGUGGUUUAGAGAAUAACAUGGUCAGAGUCUGCCUCGGCAUUUAUGUGGAUCCUGUCCCGUCUGCACAUGCCUUCGGCGCCCUCCCACGUGCGCCGCAGCAAGCGCAGGGCAGCAGGUACAGGCUCGCAGGAUGCUGCGGCUGUGGGCAGAGGAUGCUGCAGCCUUUACAAGCAUAAUUCUGAUUUUAAUUACACUCUUGCAUAAAACCUGCAGAACUGUAGGCUCCCCAGUAUUCAUGUAAAGCCUUGAAAAAUGUCAAUUUGAUUUACUGUCUCUCUGCUGUAGGUUAAAAGCAAUACCCAUAACCAUGCACRUUUGGCUGCAUCGUGUUGCCACAAGGUGACUGCCAGCCCCAGGGCUGGAGCACGGCCCCCUGCUCUGGCAGGCACGUGGUGAAGCCACCACUUGGCAUAAAGUUUCUGUCUGUGCAGGGAAUAAAAAUAGCCAGAGAGACAGUUAACCAGAUGUAACAGGUUUUACCCAAAAUGGUUAGAAAUGGUGGAAACAUUUAUUGUACUAGAACUUUGCAUUGCCAUUGGGCUUUAUAGACCUCACUAUCAAUUAUUUUAAUAUGCCACGGACAGCCUGGGGAAAAGCAGAAUACAGGGAGGGCUGACAAAGGGA